AUGUCUACCCCUCAGUUCCACAUCAAGCUCUCUCAGCCUCACGGCUUCACUCGCGCCGUCCUCUUCACGGCUCCCCCGACUUGGGACGAUCUCACCUCCCGCAUCAAGUCUUUCUUCGACAUCCCUGAGGACCGUGUUGCUCUCGCCUACGUCGACGCUGACGGUGAUGAGGUGACUUUGAACUCGCAGCAUGAGCUCCAUGAGCUCUUCACCGCUCUUCGCUGUGAUACCAACUCUACCACCCUUAAGUUCGCAGUCCGCGACAUGCGCGACCUUCGUCAGGCAUCCUUCUCCGAGGAUACACACCACGUCAUGUCCGCGCCGGAUGUUACUGUUGAGCACGACGGCGAACCGCAGGUCGAGCCCACCAUCGCGGCGGAGGCUACCGCAGGUGAGCAUGCGCCGCCUCAUACCGAUGAUCCCUCCCUCCCCGGCCGUCCUGCCUUCAGCAUGGCCUCAAGGGGUUCCACCACCAUGGUCCUCCCCGCGAUGACCUUCGCCCCCCUUGCUCCCGUAGCCCAACUCCUGAGGGCGGAAGCGACCGUCGCCCACACCACCAUCACCACCAGCACCAGCGCGGAGGACCUCGUCAAUUCGGUCGCGGUAUGGGAUUCGGCUUUCCUUUCGACAUGCACGCCGGGCGUGGAGGCGGCGGCAUGUUCGCCCGCGGACGAGGCGGGUUCGGUGGACCGUUCGGUCACCACGACCUCCCCCUCGAGUUUCCUGAGAUGUUCCACGGAGUACAUGUGCAUCCCUUCGACUUCAGCGGACGUAGCCGUGGCGGCUUUCCUCGCGGAGUUGGAGGUCGUGGGCGCGGUAUGGGUCUAG